UUAAUCUUAACAGAUAUAGAUAGAUAUCUCACAAAACCUUUCUUUAAUACAAGUUGAGGCUUAGCUAAGGCCAGUACCUAGUACAUAGUUCAAAAACUCUUUCAUGAGUUCACAAUAGGAACACAAAGAGAAGAAAGUAAAACAAGAGGGGGAGCUUUGGAGAAAACUGUAAUUUCAAACCAAUCUUCCCCUUCAUUAAUUUUUCCUUGUUCUGUUUUAUGUUCUACUAGACCAAAAAAGUAACAAUAUAUUCAUAAGGAAAAGCAAAAAUGGAUAGUAAUUUAAGCAGAAGUAUAAGUAGGAGUUUGAGUAGGUCAAGUUGGAAAAUGGAAGAAGUGUUUGCAAGUGGUAGGUAUUCUAGGAGGACUUCACAAGUUGAUGAAGAUGAAGAGGCUCUAAAAUGGGCUGCAAUUGAGAAACUACCAACAUAUGAUAGGUUAAGAACAAGUAUCAUGCAAACUUUUACUGAGGGUGAUCAACCACAACAUGGAAACAGGAUGCAACAUAAGGAAGUUGAUGUUAGGAAGCUUGAUAUGAAUGAAAGACAACAAAUCAUUGACCAAAUUUUUAAGGUUGCUGAAGAAGAUAAUGAAAAGUACCUUAAGAAAUUCAGAAACAGAACUGACAAGGUUGGAAUCAGACUUCCAACAGUAGAAGUGAGGUUUAAGAAUUUGACUGUUGAGGCUGAUUCAUAUGUUGGUAGCAGAGCUUUGCCAACAUUACCAAAUGUUGCAUUAAACAUUAUUGAAUCAGCUAUUGGUAUGUUUGGUCUUAGUACAGUUAAGAGAACAAAGCUCACAAUUCUUAAAAAUGCUUCUGGCAUUGUUAAACCAUCAAGGAUGGCCCUUUUGUUAGGUCCUCCUUCUUCAGGAAAAACAACCCUUUUGUUAGCAUUGGCUGGAAAGUUGGACUCUGAAUUGAGGGUAACAGGAGAUAUUACUUACAAUGGACAUAAAUUAAAUGAGUUUGUUCCAAGAAAAACUUCAGCAUAUAUUAGCCAAAAUGAUGUUCAUGUUGGAGAAAUGACUGUUAAAGAAACUUUGGAUUUCUCAGCAAGAUGCCAAGGAGUUGGAACUAGAUAUGAUCUAUUAAGUGAGCUUGCUAGAAGGGAAAAAGAAGCUGGCAUAUUUCCAGAGGCAGAACUUGACCUUUUCAUGAAGGCUACUGCAGUGAAAGGAACAGAAAGCAGUCUCAUUACUGACUAUACUCUAAAAAUAUUGGGGCUUGAUAUUUGUAAGGACACAAUAGUAGGAGAUGAGAUGCAUAGAGGUGUAUCUGGAGGACAAAAAAAGCGUGUGACCACAGGUGAAAUGAUAGUGGGUCCAACAAAAACAUUGUUUAUGGAUGAAAUAUCAACGGGUCUUGAUAGCUCAACAACAUUUCAAAUAGUGAAAUGUUUGCAGCAGAUUGUGCACCUAACUGAAGGAACAAUCUUAAUGUCACUUCUUCAACCAGCUCCUGAAACAUUCAAUCUCUUUGAUGACAUUAUUCUUAUAUCAGAGGGUCAAAUUGUGUACCAAGGUCCACGUGACCACAUUGUUGAAUUCUUUGAAUCAUGUGGCUUCCGUUGCCCUGAUAGAAAGGGAACCGCUGAUUUCUUGCAAGAGGUUACCUCAAGAAAGGACCAAGAACAAUAUUGGGCAGACAAAAACAAACCAUACAGAUAUGUAACCGUAACAGAGUUUGCAAACAAGUUCAAACGAUUCCAUGUUGGAAUUCGUCUUGAACAAGAAUUAUCUGUUCCAUUUGACAAGUCAAGUGCACACAAAGCAGCUCUUGUUUACAGCAAAAACUCAGUUCCAACAAAAGAUAUUCUCAAAGCAUGUUGGGACAAAGAAUGGUUACUUAUCAAAAGAAACUCUUUUGUCUACAUAUUCAAGACAGUUCAAAUUUGCAUCAUUGCUAUCAUAUCAGCAACUCUUUUCUUGAGGACUGAAAUGAGUAGAGAUAAUGAAGAUGGUGCUUCACUUUACAUUGGUGCAAUUUUGUUUGCUAUGAUUAUGAAUAUGUUCAAUGGUUUUGCUGAACUUGCACUUACUAUUGGAAGGCUUCCUGUUUUUUAUAAACAAAGAGAUCAUCUUUUCCAUCCUGCUUGGACUUACACACUCCCUAAUUUCCUUUUGAGGAUACCCAUUUCUAUGUUUGAGUCUCUUGCUUGGAUGGUUGUUACUUAUUACACCAUAGGAUUUGCUCCUGAAGCCAGCAGGUUUUUUAAGCAAUUGUUGUUGGUGUUCCUUAUCCAACAAAUGGCAGCUGGGAUGUUUAGAUUCAUUGCUGGAGUAUGUAGAACAAUGAUUAUUGCCAACACUGGUGGAGCUCUCAUGCUUCUUGUUGUUUUUCUACUUGGAGGUUUCCUUGUUCCAAAACGUGAAAUUCCUAACUGGUGGGUGUGGGCAAAUUGGGUUUCACCAUUGACAUAUGCUUUCAAUGCCUUAUCUGUGAAUGAAAUGUUAGCUCCAAGGUGGAUGCAUCCAGGGUCUUCUUCAGACAAAACUACCACAUUAGGUUUGGCUGUGUUAAGGAACUUUGAUGUUUUUGAUAAAAGUUCAUGGUAUUGGAUAGGUGCUGCAGCUCUUGUUGGAUUCACAGUUUUAUUCAAUGUUCUCUUCACUCUUUCACUUAUGUACCUAAAUCCUCUUGGAAAGAAGCAAGCAAUUAUAUCUGAAGAAGAUGCAACGGAAUUGGAGGCUGAAGGAGAUGUAAACGAACCAAGACUUGUGAGGCCGCCUUCCACCCGAGAUUCAAUGCUUCGAUCACUAUCUACAGCUGAUGGAAAUAAUUCAAGAGAAGUAGCCAUGCAAAGAAUGAGUAGCCAAACUAAUCCCAAUGGAUUAAGAAAUGCUGAUUCAAACGCUGGAGGUGCCCCAAGAAGAGGAAUGAUUCUACCUUUUCAACCACUUGCAAUGUCCUUUGACAGUGUUAAUUACUUUGUGGACAUGCCUGCAGAAAUGAAAGAACAAGGAGUUACAGAAAGUAGGUUACAAUUGCUUAGGGAUGUAACCAGUUCCUUUAGGCCUGGAGUUCUUACAGCGCUAAUGGGAGUUAGCGGCGCCGGGAAGACAACUUUAAUGGAUGUUUUAGCUGGAAGAAAGACCGGCGGAUACAUUGAAGGAGAUGUUAGAAUCUCUGGAUACCCUAAGAACCAAGAAACCUUUGCAAGAGUAUCUGGUUACUGUGAACAAACUGAUAUUCAUUCGCCUCAAGUAACUAUCAGAGAAUCUUUGAUUUACUCGGCUUUCCUUCGGUUACCUAAAGAAGUUACUGAUCAUGAGAAGACACAAUUUGUGGACCAAGUUAUGGAUUUGGUUGAGCUGCAAAGUCUCAGGGAUGCUAUUGUGGGGCUGCCAGGAGUUACAGGGUUGUCAACUGAACAAAGAAAGCGAUUGACGAUCGCAGUUGAGCUUGUUGCUAAUCCUUCAAUUAUAUUCAUGGAUGAACCAACUUCAGGCCUAGAUGCAAGAGCAGCAGCUAUUGUUAUGAGAGCUGUAAGAAACACUGUGGAUACUGGAAGAACAGUUGUGUGCACAAUUCAUCAGCCUAGCAUUGAUAUCUUUGAAGCCUUUGAUGAGCUCUUGUUGAUGAAAAGAGGAGGGCAAUUGAUCUACGCAGGACCUUUAGGCCGGAAUUCACACAAGAUCGUCGAAUACUUUGAGUCAAUUCAAGGGGUUCCAAAAAUCAAGGACAUGUACAAUCCUGCAACAUGGAUGCUAGAGGUUAGCUCCAUAGCAGCUGAAGUCCGGCUCGGAAUGGACUUUGCUGAAUACUACAAGUCAUCAGCUUUGUUCCAGAGAAACAAAGCUCUUGUGAAGGAGUUAAGUACACCCCCGCCGGGAACUAAUGAUUUGUUUUUCGCCACUAAGUACUCACAAUCAACAUGGGGACAAUUCAAAUCUUGUCUUUGGAAACAGUGGUUGACAUAUUGGAGGAGUCCAGAUUACAAUCUAGUCAGAUUUGUUUUCACAUUGGCUUGUUCCCUCAUGUUAGGAUCAGUAUUUUGGAAAGUUGGCAAAAACAGGGGGAACUCAACCGACCUAUCGCUUGUUAUAGGAGCAAUGUAUGCUGCAAUUAUUUUUGUUGGAGUUAACAAUUGUCAAACAGUUCAACCAAUUGUAGCCAUUGAAAGAACAGUGUUCUAUAGAGAAAGGGCUGCUGGAAUGUAUGCUCCUUUGCCUUAUGCCUUAGCACAGGUUUUCAUAGAACUACCAUUUGUGCUUUUUCAAACAACAUAUUACUCACUCAUAGUGUAUUCUAUGGUGAGCUUUGAAUGGAAAGUGGAAAAGUUCUUUUGGUUCUUCUUUGUCAGCUACUUCUCCUUCUUGUACUUCACAUUCUAUGGAAUGAUGACUGUUUCCAUCACACCAAAUCAUCAAGUUGCAUCAAUCUUUGCAGCAGCCUUCUAUGGAAUCUUUAACCUCUUCUCUGGUUUCUUCAUUCCAAAACCAAAAAUUCCUGGAUGGUGGAUUUGGUAUUAUUGGAUCUGUCCAGUAGCAUGGACAGUGUAUGGAUUAAUUGUUUCACAAUAUAGAGACAUAGAUGAUCCAAUUCAUGUGGUUGGAUCCACUGCAAACUUCACUGUCAAAGGAUAUAUUGAACACCAUUAUGGGUUCAAACCUGAUUUCAUGGGUCCAGUUGCAGGAGUUUUGGUUGCUUUCACUUGUUUCUUUGCCUUUAUAUUUUCCUUCUGCAUCAAGGCACUGAACUUCCAAUCAAGAUAAAUAAACUACUUAGCUAGCUACAUUGUUUGAAAAAUAUGAAGUUAUGUUGCUGCAAAAUUGUUACAUUACAGUCCAUGUGAUGUGAACUUGUGUAUGUAUAUAACUUAGGCUGUAAUGAGUUCUAGUGAUUUAUAUAUGCAACAUAUUUUAUAUUAUAGAUGACUACUAUAAUUUUGUUAGCAGAGGGUUGUGUUGUGUUAUUAAGUGUAAAUCUUGUUAAUCAUGCUACUGUUAGUUUGGUUUUCAACUUAGAAGAAAUUUGGUGUUGCAUUUCAUCAGUAUUUGUAUAAAUGAUUAUUGUCAUACAUAAACAAAAACUUAUUCUUUUGGCUUAA